AUGGCGCUGCUGGGCGGGCAUCACGCGGCCGCUGGCCCUGAGCCGCUGCUGUCCCGUUGCCAGGAGCAAACGCCUGGGGAUGCCCAGCCCGGGCCGCUCGAGGGGCGCUCAGGGGCCGUUCCUGGCCCCGGGCCGAGCGCUGACAGCCGCGUCUCGCCGGCAGGGAAGGCGCAGCAGGCCCUCCAGGAGCAGUACCGCCUGGGUUCGCUGCUGGGCCACGGCGGCUUCGGCAGCGUCUGGGCGGCCACACGGCUCUCAGACCGUGCCCCGGUGGCCAUCAAAAGGGUGCCACGGAACCGUGUCCGGCAUUGGGGUGAGCUGCCCAACGGCACCAGCGCACCACUGGAGAUCGUGCUGCUGCACAAGGUCUCCACUGGCUUCCCUGGUGUCGUCCAGCUGCUGGAGUGGCUGGAGCUCCCCAACGACAUCAUUAUCAUCAUGGAGCGCCCGGAGCGUUCUCAGGACCUCCAGCAUUUCAUUCGGGCACGGCGGUUCCUGUGCGAGGAGGUGGCGCGGGAGCUGUUCCGCCAGGUGCUGGAGGCCGUGCGGCACUGCACCAGCUGCGGGGUCCUGCACCGCGACCUCAAGCCAGGGAACAUCCUGCUUGACCUGGCCACCGGGCAGGCCAAAUUGAUCGAUUUUGGCUGUGGCACCUACCUACAAGACACAGCCUAUACUCACUUUGCAGGAACACCGUCAUACAGCCCCCCGGAAUGGAACCAGUUUGGCUGGUACUAUGGACAGCCAGCUACCGUCUGGUCCCUGGGCAUCCUGCUGCACCAGAUGGUGUGUGGGGAGCACCCUUUCAGGAGGGGCCACAAGAUCAGCUGGGACCAUCAGCUCUCGCUGCCACCACGGCUCUCUCAAGAGUGCCAAGAUGUCAUCCGGCGGUGUUUAUCCAUGCUGGAUGUGGACCGGCCUUCAGUAGAAGACCUGUUCAGUCAUCCCUGGAUGCAGGAUAGUCAUCUGCCAUAG